AGUCUGGUCUAUCCCUCUUUGGAGACAACCUCUCUUUCCGAAGUCUCUUCUCUGAAGCCCUUCAGAAAUAAAUUUCACAAAUUGUAUAUUUUGUGGUCAUUUUUGUUUUCGUUUUUGUUUUUAUUUAUGUUGUUAUUUAUGAGUCAAAAAUGUUUUUUGCAAUUUUUCAUUUUGUAAAACGAUUGCUUGUGAAAUUUUUUUCCUUUCUGAUUCGCAAGUCGAAAAGAAAACAGAGGAACAUUCUUGUAGCAGAAACUCUUUCAAAUUUACUUUCAGUAACUGCGAGUGUACGAAAAAAUUGUUCAAAUCUGCAUCUUAAUAAUUGCGUUCGGAGCAAAUGCAAACAUGUCGAGUCGUGUAUUAUACAACAAUCAGCAGUUUCGAGUAAUAAAAACGGAAUUCCGAAGGCCGAAGAGCCUCAAAUUAAACAGACUUCGGUGAAGCCUGAUGUUCCGAGCCUGGUGAUGCUUUUUCAAGCAGUUGGUUUUCAACUUCGAGAAUUUGAGAAAAGUGAACUAUCGAAGGCAGAAAAUUCACUACCAAAUGAAUCUAUCAAGGUGACAAUACAGUGCGGUUCUUCACAAAUGAAAGCCGUCUUAGAAAUGGAUGGAAUUGAUUGUCAGUGUCCAAGCAGUAAAGACGUUAAAGAAGGAUCAUUGUGGAGUAUUUGCGGUACAGGUCACACCAAUAAUGACAGUAUAAGCAGCUCCAAAUAUGAAGAUAGUGGAAGUAACCUUCUGCCGUCGAUUCCUAAGGGAGUGAACAAUGUUGUAAGGGAUGUGGUCUAUCGACUUUUUAAAAUUAUGAGUGCUCCCUCGCCGCUCGCCACUGCAAAUUCUUGCAAUGAUCUUAAUUUAUCUGCCCUGGGAAAUGUAGAAAUUACUGAAAGUCCUUUGAGGAGAUCAGAAUCCAAAGAUGGAAUUCAUCGCAGCCACACUCAACCAAACAUUAAAUCGGCUCGAGUUGUAUCUCCUAGAAACAAACUUCUUACAUCUAAGAAUCUGUUUCCAACGACCUUUAACGAAAAUAAUGAUAACAAUUCCAAAGACACCAAUGAACCCAAAGUGCCAGGCAAACCUUUGCAAAGACAACAAACCUGGCAUAUGGAUUUGGAUAUAGAUUCGGGAACACAUUCACCAAACAGGUUUCAAUCUCCAACCCCCGUGGAUGAAAUGUGCGAUUCUUUGGGGCAUAUUUCUAUAGAAAGUGAAGAUGAAAAAUUGGGUAUCGGUGAUUUUGUAUUGAAGGCUUAUCACAGUUUGGAUAGAGCAAUCCGGAUCAUGACUAGAAAGACCCCAAUGACUUCAUCCACUUUGUCUUUAAACAACGAAUUCUUUGACAAUCCACCACCUCUAAGUGUAAGUACAACAGCUACUGCUUCACCGAGUCAUAAACCAACAUCUCGACCUGGAUCUGCUUGCUCGGUUUCCACUCGAGCUUCUCAAAAAACGCUUCCCCCAAAAGCACCACCGACUCGAAGAAGUGUACCAGCAUCAAUGCCUCGAAAAACGACAGAAAGACCUCCAACAGGACCAGGUAGUGAAUUAUCAUAUCCACUGCGACGAAAAACCAUCAACACAGUCACUGUACCUUUAAAGGCGAUUCCUCCAAAACCACCUGCGCCAAAAAUUCGUUCGUCUAUCUCUGUGAAUAGCACAACUCUGGGUGAUAAAGUUGCCCUUUCUGCAAAAAGAGGAAUCUCUAAUAGUGUAACAAAUAGUCCUUUGCUUUCUAAAAGAAAUACCUUUGGACCCAACACUUCACUCAGGGGACCUACGCACUCGAGCACCUCGAAACCGAUUUUGCAGACUUCGACUGGAACCCCAGGGUCGACCAAGUUCGGAUUUUCUAGAAAAUAAAUAAGCGCCCAAUUGGCUCGAACUGUUUGAAAAAUAAAAGUAUUAUCAAAUAAAUUAAUGUUAGACUGGGAGCAAAAAAACUCAGGAAUGGCUAAAAAAGAAUAUAUAUUUUUAUUAUUUGGAGAUCUAGGCGAGUAUUUUUACAAAUAAUCGUGGUAGUCUAAUCGUGCGUGAACGUUUUUGUGAUGAAAUUUCGGUGAUUAUUUGUAAAAAUCUAUAGUAUUUGCUUUUAUACUCACUCAGAGAAAGUUUGGUUUCAAUUAAACCUAUAAUUUAUUAUCGACCAAAUUUUUGGUUUAUUAAACCAAACUUUUUUUUCCGCCAAUUUUUCUGGUAGACUGAACUAAUAAAAAUUGGUAGAAUCUAAUCGAAUUAUUAAGUGAAAUAAAUAUUUUAAACUGGCCAAGAAAAUAAUUUGGUUUAAAUCAAAUAAUAAUUUGUCUGGGUGCUAUAAUUGAUUGAAAAUGCAAUAGGGGUUUUCCUGACUGUCAAAAACAUCUGUUUAGAUAUGUAGUAUUUAUGAACUAAAAAUAUGUAAAUCGCGAAAUUCCAUUGAAUAUAAUGUGUUCUAUAUAUAAUAUAUUUAUAACGAUUCGAUGUUAAAUUAAAUUCAAUGGUAUUAAAUUAUAUUUAUGUUAUUAGUGAAAUUGAGAAACAGGCUUUUCUUGUUUGUAUUCGUUUCUUCGUAAGUGUAAGUCGAAAUAAUACAAUGUACGAUAGUGGAGAUAUUUUACCAAUAAAGAACGAUUUGCUUUUUCAUAA